UUCCAUGGCAAUACAAAGGAAUACUACGGGCCAUUGUGCAUUUACAACCCGAUGCUGCACGCACCAAAAUGGCGGCUUUUACCCACAAUUCAUUUAGCCAUAAUUUAAUGUUCAAAACAGAAUAUAUCACUGGGUAAAACAGAAAUGUUUCUAUUUUUUCACACUGUAUAUAUAUACGUAUAAAUGGUGAGUGUCAUUUAUUUAUCCUCUCGUAGCGGGGCAUUACAAGUUGUAAUACAAGUGUACUUACAUAUAUAUAUCUCGUAACGCUUAUCAAGUCUUUAGGUUUGUGGGGAACUUUGGUGAAUAAUUUCUAAAACAAAAGACCGUUAAGUUGUUACGCAACAUGCGGCGCUUAGCAUUUGUUUACUUAUAUAAUCACGUCUUCAGCGCAUGUUUUACAGGUCUGACGGCGCUAUAACGACGUUAAUAUAUAAGUACCACCGACACAAAUAACCGGCGCAGAAGCAUAAGCACCCACGCUAGUCAAGGGAAGUUUUCUGCGUUGCGAAUUGAGACUAAAAGAAAAUGAAGGCAGAGAACACUAAAACCGCUGAUGUAAAAAUCGUGGAUGAUGAUUCAUUGGAUUCGACAGUAAAAAUCGAAGAUUCCGAUCAAAAAGUUGACAAUUUCGCUGUUACAUGGGAAGAUGACGAAAACUAUGUGAAAUGGAGUGAUAAAACAACGAACGAAAAGCUGAAAACUGUCGUAGUGACAACUGUUAAGAUUAUUCUUGCUCUUGGUUGCUUGUACAUCUUCAUUUGCUCCAUCAGCAUGCUGGGAGAUGCUUUCGAAAUUCUUGCUGGUAAAACUGCGGGCGAAAUCUUUUCAAACGACUCAUUUCUCGCAAACCCACUUUCUGGUUUAAUUGUUGGGAUUCUGGUCACAGUGCUGGUUCAGAGCUCAUCAACUUCAACUUCCAUUGUCAUAACCAUGGUUGCUGCCGGAAUUCUUCAAGUUCACAUAGCAAUUCCUAUCAUCAUGGGAACAAAUAUUGGGACUUCCGUGACGAACACGAUCGUUGCACUUUCUCAAUCCAUAGAUAAAAAUGAAUUCAGACGAGCAUUUGCCGGCGCUACUGUUCACGAUAUGUUUAACCUGCUGUCUGUUCUCGUGUUCUUGCCUCUGGAAGUGGUAUCUGGGUACUUAGAAGUUACGACGCAAGCUAUUAUUGAUUCGUUCCACAUUCAAGGGGGGUCAGAUGCCCCAGACAUGCUUACAAUUUUAACGGACCCAGUUGUGGAAGGGAUUGUUCAGAUCAAUAAAUCUGUCAUCACGCUCUCUGCACAAGGAAUUCCUCUGGAGCCAGAUUCAAGUAUGAUAAAGAUAUGGUGCGAUCAAACAACUGCAGAAAUCAACAGCACGAUACUCACAAACACAAGCGUGCCAAUCGGUGUUACAACUUGGCCGAAUGCUUCAACCACCAUUGUACCAAUGAAUUUGACAAUGAUCGAAACCGUUUAUGUUGGAAUCAGAAAAUGCAAGUCCCCUCAAGAUUUCCUUUUUGCAAACACCGGACUUUCUGAUGUAGAAGCAGGAGUUAUCCUUCUUUUCGUUUCUCUUUUCAUUCUCUCCUCCUGUCUCAUCGUCAUGGUGAAGCUUUUAAGUUCGAUGCUUCAUGGUCCAGCCUCAAGGCUUAUCAAGAAAGUUAUUAACACGAAGUUCAAGCGACCAUUUGGCUGGGUUACAGGUUAUCUUUCUAUUCUGGUUGGUGCUGGUUUGACAUUCGUUGUGCAGAGCAGCUCUGUCUUCACGUCUAUUCUUACCCCGUUGGUCGGCAUUGGUGUCAUCAGUGUUGAACGUAUGUACCCACUCACCCUGGGUGCUAACAUCGGCACGACAACGACAGGCAUUUUCACCGCACUGGCUAGCGAGCCAGAAAGGCUGGAGUAUUCGCUUCAACUGGCGCUGGUCCACUUAUUCUUCAAUAUUAGCGGAAUCCUUCUGUGGUAUCCUAUACCGCUAAUGAGGCGUGUACCCAUACGUGGCGCGAAGGCACUCGGGAAUAUAACGGCAGACUAUCGAUGGUUUGCAGUGCUGUAUAUGAUCUCAGUGUUUUUCCUGAUACCAGCAAUUCUCCUCGGUUUGUCCUUUGCUAAUUUCUGGGCAUUGAUGUCGGUGGUGAUAGUGGUCGCUGUCAUUGCUGUUUUCGUGGUCAUAACCAAUAUCAUGCAAACACACAAACCACAGUGGUUGCCAGAGAUUCUUCGCAACUGGUUAUUCCUGCCUGUAUGGAUGCGGUCGCUGCAGCCAUACGACAAAUUCUUCAGCAAAUAUCUGCUAUGUCGCUGUUGCUGUAAACCAAAAGACGACGAAGAAAGCAUCAUUUCUAGCUCGGUCGAGACACCAAGCGGAAACGAUAACACCGCGUUUGAAGCUGACGAAAUCAAACAAGAAUUUACGGGGACGAAAAUGUAGUUUUAUAAUCUUGCAUGCAGCGAUGCAGGAUAAACUUUCGGUUAAAACGUUGAUACCCUGCAGCGCAAACAUCGUACAUUUCUCAUCGACUUGCAAUUCUUCCGGCGUAUUUCUUUAAUGUUGCGUUUCACAGACCUUGUGGUUAAUAAAUGUUACUAUAACGUUCGUUUUUGUAAAUGACUGUAGAAUAAAUGCGGUUCAAAAA